UACAUGUCUAUUGUUCUUGGAUAUUAUUCAGCUUCAUAUAGCAAGCAUGCACCUUUUUUUAAAUCUACCCUACACAAUAUCAGCAGCCUACUUGGUCAUGGUGAGGGAUGGGCAGCUGGCUCUGGCCCAUGGAGACAAAAGGAACUGCAAGUGCAGGAAUCUUGAGCAAAAGCCAAAGUGCUGGAGGAAUUCAAUGGGUCAGGUGGCAUCAGUGGAGGGAAUGGACAGAUGACAAUUCACAAAGGGACUUUCCUUCGGAUUUAUUCUGACUGAAGAAGGGUCCCAACCAGAAAUGUUAUCAAUCCAUAAGCUCCACGAUGUUCCCUGGUCCACUGACUUCUGCCCGCACAAAGUUUGACAUGAAACCUACAAGAUUGCUUUUGAAGAGUAUGGCCAAGUGUAUGGGCAAGGUCAUGGGCGGGGGGAGGGGAUGCAUGAUCAGAACCAGGGACCAGGAAUGGAGCCCAGCAUCUAGCUCAUGCUCUGGGCCAGAUGACAAUAGUGUAGCCAGGAACAUGGACAAGAAGGGGGUGAGGAGCCAGAGGGCCGGAUGUGGGCAAGGACUCCGGCACGUGACACCAUUCAUGUGUGCUGGCAAAAGCAAAACAAGAUUAUUAUUUAUUUUUUAAAAAGUGGCAUGUGCCAGGGUUAUUGACAGCAGUUUCCUGCAGUUUUGGCUGAUGAUAGAGAGUGGACUGAGUGUAUUUGCCCACAUUAGAGUCAAAGAGUGAUACAGUGUGGAAACAGGCCAUUCAGCCCAUCUUGCCCACACCAGCCAACAUGUCCCAGCUUCACUAGUCCCACCUGCCUGCACGUGGUCCAUAUUCCUCCAAACCGGUCCUAUCCAUGUACCCGUCUAACUGUUUGUUAAACGAUGGGAUAGUCCCUGCCUCAAUUACUUCCUCUGGCAGCUUGUUCCAUACACCCACCACCCUUUGUAUGAUAAAGAUACCCCUCAAAUUUCUAUUUAAUCUUUUCCCCUUCACCUUGAACCUACUGUAAGUCCUCUGUUCCUCGAUUCCCCUACUCUGGGCAAGAGACCGUGUGCAUCUCCCAGAUCUAUUCCUCUCAUAUUGUUGGGUAGAUGCCAGUAUUGUAACUACACUGGAAUAGUUUGGCAAGACACGCACCCUGAGUUGCUGAUUUUGUAAUAGCCACAACAGUAGUGUAUGUUAUUUGGUGGUAAAUUGUGUUAAAUUGAUACAAAACUCUGGUAUGCCAUCAUACUCCUCACCGGGAAGAGACAAUUAUAGUGUCAUAGAUUCCUACUGAAUGGAAACAGGCUCUUCGGCUCAACCUGCCCAUGUCUACCAAGAUGGCCCAUCUAAGCUCGUCCCCCCAUCAGUCUGAAGAAGGGUUUCGGCCCGAAACGUUGCCUAUUUCCUUCGCUCCAUAGAUGCUGCUGCACCCGCUGAGUUUCUCCAGCAUUUUUGUGUACCUUCGAUUUUCCAGCAUCUGCAGUUCCUUCUUAAACAAAGAGAAACUAUUUGCUCAUGUUUGUCCAAUAUUUAGGAAACAUUUAGACAGGUACAUGGAUAGGACAUGAUUAGAGGGAUAUGGGCCAAACGCGGGCGGGUGGAACUGGUGUAGUUAGACAUGUUGCGCUCUGUGGGCAAGUUGGGCCGAAGUGCCUGUGUCCACGCUGUAUGACUCUGACGAAUAAAUGUUUUGAUCGAUUGUUUUGAAACUAAUUCUUCACCUCUCUCUGCAGCUGCAUCAAGUGGGUGAAGACUUUGUGAAAUCGAGUUGUUGCGUCUUUGAAGAGUGCUCCGCUCUACCCUGGGAGGUGCUUGUGCGCGUCACUAGCAAACUCCUCAGAACGAGCCGCUGGCUGUCCGCGGUGCUGAAACUCUCCGCUCGCCUCCGUCUCCGCUUCAGCACCCGCGCCUCCACCGACGCCGCUGGGCAGGACACCCGUCAUGCGCCAACAUUUAACCGGGCACCGUUCAGGUAUUCAGAAGCUGUUUCGUCUCCUUAGCAACAUGAGUCAAGGCAAAGCCCAGAGAGUAUCUUAGGUGACGGAUCUCAGCCGCAGCAGAAGAGCGGAGCCCGGGCUGAGACUGAGGGAGCUGACAGCCGGGAGCAUGGGGGAUAAGAUGCUUCCAGCCCAGGAGGCUGCUAAGAUCUAUCACACUAACUACGUGAGGAAUUCCAGAGCCAUAGGCGUCCUCUGGGCGAUCUUCACCAUUUGCUUUGCCAUCAUCACCGUGGUCAUCUUCAUCCAACCCUACUGGAUCGGGGACAGCAUCAACACCCCCCAGGCUGGCUACUUCGGCCUCUUCCAUUACUGCAUCGGCAACGGACUCACCCGGGAGCUCAUCUGCAAAGGAAGUGCCCUGGAUUUCGGCUCCAUCCCCUCAGGAGCUUUCAAAACUGCCAUGUUCUUCGUCGGCAUCUCCAUGCUGCUCAUCAUCGGCUGCCUCGUCUGCUUCAGCCUCUUUUUGUUUUGCAACUCAGCCACUGUUUACAAAGUCUGUGCCUGGAUGCAACUUGCUUCAGCCACCGGCCUCAUUAUGGGAUGCAUGAUUUACCCAGAUGGUUGGGACUCUGAUGCAGUCAGACAGAUGUGUGGCAACAAAACGGACAAGUACAGCUUGGGAGCGUGCUCGGUCCGCUGGGCGUACAUCUUAGCCAUAAUCGGCAUCCUGGACGCUCUCAUCCUCUCCUUCCUGGCCUUUGUGCUGGGCAACAGACAAGACAGCCUUCUGCCUGAAGACUUUAAGGUGGAAAACAAGGAAGCAGACAAUGCCUAGGGAAGGCAUCGUUAUCGUGCAUUUUGAGCCGUUCCAUAAGUUUGUGGUAUUAAAGAAACUCCACACGGUAUUGAACAAAGGUGUCGUCAGUAUUUUCCUCAGCACUGAAGAGAGCGGUGUUGCAAAAGGAUCACCGAAUCCUGCAGUUUGCCCUGAAGAUACACAUCAGAGUUACAGUCGUUGAAAUUGUUUUAUUCCACUGGAAGUCCGUCACAUGGCCAGUCAGACGAUUAAUUUAUUUACACGGUCUGGUGCCGCCCUCUGUAUAGGUCCAAAUGAGCCUGAUUAGAGUGAUCACAAGCAUCAUCUAUGGUUCAAUCUGGUGAUAUAUAUUUCUGUACCACUGUAUAUUGUUAUAAAUGUAUGUACUUCAAACGUUGAAAUAGCUCGAGUAAUUGAUAAAUCUUAACAUUGAAGAAAAAAAAAUGUAGUUACAAUGUGGAUGUUUCUAUGUGUAGGCAAAGUUUCAAGAGGUGCGAAGAGUUAUUGUAUGUUUGCCGUCCCCCAUUACACCAUUUAUGAACAUUACAAACCUGUUAUUAACAGGGACAAGAGACCAGUUCUUCAAAAUCUGUUCCCUGGCUAGUGUGACAAACUUAUGUUUUAAGAUUAAACAAAGCUUUUCUCCACUAAACAAUUAUUAAAACCAGAAAAUCAAUUAAUCCAUAGUACAAAUGACAGAGUUUUGCGGCAGCAGUGAAUUAAAAUGUGCAAUCAAAAGUAAAAUUCAUAGUAGAACUUUAACAAUCUAUAUUCAACUAUUUGGAAAUCCCAGUUUUUCAGCAUUUAUACUGCAUUCCUCUACUGGAAAAAAUAUUCAACGUUUAUUUUUUUUGAGGAUUUCAAAGACUAACAUACAAGAACAUAGAUCAGAACAGUAAAGGAACAGGCCCUUUGGCCCCCAAUGUCCAUGCUGUACAUGAUACCAAUCUGUUCUGCCUGCACCCGAUCCAUAACCCUCACUCCAAUGCUUUAUUUGUUACGUGCAACUGCAUCGUGACCGUCUACUCUAUCUUUGCCUCUUAAUUUUAUAUACUUCUAUCGGAUCUUCCAUCAACUUACGCUGCUCCGGAGAAAUCAAUCCACAUAUACCCUCAAAUCCAGGCAGAAUCCUAAUUCAGUCCAGACAGGCCCAAGCAAAAGGCCCAAGCAUACCUGAAUGACAGCUUUAUUGUGCUUACCAUGGAAUUGACGAUGCAAUCUUAAUGGUUCUUCUGAAACCCAUACAUCUACCAGUUUUAUUUGAAAUUCGCAAGCAGAAAGAUAAUGUGUGUUAAGUUGCAUAAAGACACUGGUUUGGGAGAAUGAGCAGAAAAAUUCACAAAUAUGAUGCAAGAUUUUAGUAGUUUUCCCGUAAUAUCGCAAUCAUGGAAGC